AUGCUUCGCCAAAAAGCAAGGAACAAAUGGCUUUUGGAGGGAGCUAGUAACUCUAGUUUUCUGCAUAAUAGCAUUCGCAUUCGUAGAGGUAAUAACACUAUUUCCGAGCUUGUGGAUGAUGCUGGUAACACUAUCACAGAUGGGGAUCAAUUGUGCCAACAUGUUGUUUCUUAUUAUGAGAACAAGUUUAAUGGUGUGGAAAUGCCGGUUGAAGAUCAGAUUUUUUAUUACGAUCAUUUGUCUAUUACUUUGGAGGAACAACAGCGUAUGGACAGUUUGCUUACAGUGGAGGAUAUUCAAAAGGCUGUUUUUGAUUUAGGGGCAGACAGUGCUCUGGCUCCUGAUGGUUUCUCGGGUUGUUUCCAUAGGCAUUGUUGGGAGAUUAUCCAACAUGAUUUAUUUGUAGCAAUUCUUUUUUGCUGGCAACAUAAAUUUACUCCUAGUGGGGAUAAUUCGAGUCUUAUUAUUCUCCUGGCAAAGGUUAGAGGAGCUAAUUCUUUUCGGAAUUUUAGACCUAUUGGCCUUAGUAAUUUCUUUUUCAAGAUCUUUACUAAAAUUUUAACUACCAGACUGGGAAGUGUUUUGGAAAAACUUGUCUCUGAGGAACAAGUGGCUUUCAUGAAAGAGAGAAAUAUUCACGAAAAUAUUAGCUUGGCCUCUGAGAUGGUUAAUGAGCUUCAUAUUAAAAGCAAGGAUGGCGAUUUGGGAAUGAAAUUGGAUAUUUCUCAGGCUUUUGAUACUGUUAGUUGGUCUUUUUGGUUUGGAGGGUUCUUCAAAAUUAAUAGAGGUUUACGUCAAGGUGAUACCCUUUCUUCCUUGAUUUUUGUUUUGAUUGAAGAUGUCCUUAGCAGGAACAUUUCUAAGCUUUUUAAGGAGAAGAAAAUGUCACCAAUGGUUACGAGAAAUGGUAUUUCCCCUACUCAUUUAUUCUUUGCUAAUGAUAUUAUGAUUUUUUGUAAAGGAAAUAUGAAAAGUGUGAGAAAUCUGGUUUCUUUACUAGAGCAGUAUCAUCAUGUUUCUGGGCAAACCGUUUGCAGGCAAAAAAGUAAAAUUUAUUAUGAUGGGGGGCCUUUGAGUAGACGGAGAACUAUUUUUGAUUUUCUUGGUAUGAGUCUUGCUUCUUUUCCUGAUUGUUAUUUGGGAGUGCAAAUCAUGCCAGGGGCGGUGAGAUAUAGACAUAUAUGUACUGUCAUUGAUAAAAUAAAAAAUCAAUUAGCUGUCUGGAAAGGUAAAAUGCUUUCAUUCCAUGAUAGAGUGGUGCUUGUUAAAAUUGUCAUUGCUAGUUAUUUCAUCCAUAAUAUGGAGGUUUAUAAAUGGCCUCUAAAGUUCAUUCAACAAUGCGAAAGGGUGAUUCAGAAUUUUAUUUGGUCUGGGGAUUCCGGAAUAUCCAGGGCUUUUGUUGUUGGUUUUGAUAAAGUCUGUUCUCCUCUUUCUGAAGGGGGACUUGGUCUUACCAGAUUGAGUGUCAUGAAUAAGGCUUUGGUUGCUAAACUCUUGUGGAAUAUCAAAAGAUCACAUAAGAAAUGGGCUCGAUUCUUAGAAGCUAAAUACACUUGUAGGGACGGUAGAGUGAAGGAUUAUGGGAUAAAAUCUACUAUUCUACCUGGUGUUCAUUGGGUUGAUAGAAUUGUUGCUCAAAAUACUAAAUCUUUGACUAGUGAUGGGAGAUGCACGUCUCUUUAUUUUGAUAUCUGGUUGUGUCAUGGACCAGAUUUUUUUUGGAUGCCGGAUUUGAAGGGGGUUUUCUCUGUAAGUUCUGCUAGGGAGAUUAUUCGUCAAAAAUAUCCUGUUCUUCCUGGAGUUGCUUUACUCUGGCGCAAGGCAGUUCACCCAAUGCUUGCCGCACAAAGACGGAAAAUAAUGAGGGGAGCCCGUGCGACUCUCGACAAAGUCCAAAGCGGUUUCAAGAUCUCUCUUUUUACAGAUGUUGUCUGUGCAGCUCGUGGUAAAGGAGCCGAUAUAGCUGGAGCAGGUGUUGUAGUCCGUGAUGAAGAGUGUAACGUUCUUGGAACAAUGAGCAUUGGCCUGGGCAUUACAAAUAGUUUUCUUGCGGAAUUAUAUGGAAUUAUUGUUGGAUUGUAA